GUAUUGAUUGUCGCCUUUGUUUGCAUGUCACAUACCGUAAUUCCAGCGUACCCUCCAACAACGCAGAAGCGGCAGUUUAUAUUCCUCCCACAAGACACGAACUGGAAUGCUGCGGCUUCGUACUGUUCCGCUCAUUAUAGUGGCCUCCUAGAGCAUUCCUCGCACGCUACAGAGGAAAUGGUAGCCAAAUACUCAAAUGGAGUCUGGUCAAGUAACUGGGGAAAUGACUAUUGGCUUGGAUUAUAUAUAGAGAACAUGUCCACACAAGAAUACCGAUGGGACGGAAGUUGUGCGGUUGCGCAAACGAACCUUUACAAUCACUUUGAGGGUUCUCCUCCAUCCAGAAGUGACCUUGACAGCACCAAGAGGUGUGCUACAGCCAAGAAAGAUACCCUAGAGUGGCGGUUCGAAAAAUGCAGCAUCAAUUACGUGGCAAUAUGUCAGAAAAAUCUCGGACCAUGUACAUACGAAAGAGGCACAACUUCUGGGGCAUGUUCGAAAGUCACUAACACGGCGCUUAUGAAAAACGUAGCCGACCGGGAUGAUUGUGAACAGUACUGUUCAAACAUAAAUGCCGACGAUACGACUAAUGGCGAGUGUUGGGCAGUAACCUACGUCCAGACCAGCCGCGCGUGUUCCCCAUCGAUAAGUCGAAAACCUUAUGACUUUGAUGUUGGAAAUUCUAAAUACAGCAGUGGAUGCAGUGAAGCCGAUAUCAACAGUCAAGGCUCUGAUAGCUUCGUCAGCUGGAAAAGAUGUUUUAAAGAUCCAAAGAUCGAUCAGAGUUCAAUUCCUAGCACCACCGCUUCAUCGUCAGACAGCCCCGUGGCGCAAUGUAAUCCAGUUGCUGCUACUACAACCACAACAUCAACUACAACGCCAUCACCGACAACCACAACUACAUCACCGACAACUACGUCAUCCACAACUGCGUCACCAACAACAACCACAACUACGUCACCAACAACCACGACACAAACUACCACAACUACGUCACCAACAACCACAACUACGUCACAACCAACCACAACAACGUCACAAACGAGCACAACUACAUCAUCAACAACUGCGUCACCAACAACCACCACAACUACGUUACCAACAACCACGACACAAACUACCACAACUACGUCACCAACAACCACAACUACGUCACAAACUACCACCACUACGUCACCAACAACCACAACUACGUCACAACAAACCACAACAAUGUCACAAACGAUCACAACUACGUCACAGCCAACCACAACUACGUUACAACCAACCACAACUACGUCACAACCAACCACAACUACGUCACAAUUUACCACAACUCUAGCACAACCAACCACAAGUACCUCGCCAACAACUACAUCUUCGUCACAAUCAACAACUACGUCAACAACAACGAAUGUAUUGACAACUACAGCGCCAUUUCAAAACACGACUUCAAAUGGGGCCAUGUGCUCAUGUCGUUGCACCAUUAUAGGAAAUAUGUCACUUGAAGAAAAAAUAGAAGCACUUCAAAGAGAACUGACCGUGGACAAAACAAAAACGUCAUCGUAUAUCCGCAAAUACAUUAGUGCCCCCGACGAGCGCGUAAGUGCAAAAGGUGUUGGUAUUGUUCUUGGCGCUGGCGUGUUGAUAAGUGUUUUCGCGGUGAUUGUGUUCGGAGAUCUGGUUAACCUUUUUCGUCAUAUCACUAAUAAAAGACAAGGUUCUAAGUCAUGAUGAAUUACUGACCCUAUUUAAUCACUAACGCGUCUUUUCUAUUGGUAAAUUUGGCAUGGUAUCGGUACAAAUUCAUAUAUUUUUACCUACCGACUGUAUCUAAGUGUUUUAAGUUCAAUACAACCCGUAUUAAGGACAUGUGUUGCGAUCAAUUUUACGUUUCUCGUGGAUUCGUUUUUUGGUAAUUGUAUAUUAAAUUUUCCAAAGAAUUUAACAGGUCGUAUAUCCCAUUUAAUUAUCUCUCUUCAAGUCUUCCAUGAUAUUGCAAAUAAUUCUAACAAAAACACAUUCCACUUUUAGAAAACUGUAAUCUCACAAAAUCACAUUCUCAUUUUAGCCAACUGUAUAGUGCAUUUUGAGGAAUAACACAAGAAAAACAACGUCUGAUCGACGUUUUAACUCCAGUAGCUUAACAAAGAGUUUCUCUGGAACGGCCGAAAUUCUAAAAUAAAAACUUGCUGAAUUUGCGAAUCCACGAGAAAUUCGGUUUACUACAUUAACAAUGUUUACAAAUAGAAUCUCUAACGCAUUUCGCAGUUUAUUCGGUAUUCAAAAGCUCGUCUCGAACAUCAGGAUUUCCGUGAAAGGUGUCGACUGCUGAUGGACAUAACUUGCAAUACACAGUUGCCAAAGAUGCCGCAGGCCGGUAAAGAAUGUGUGCUGUUUGUACGAUCAUUAUGUCAAAGUAAAAUGUCGACUUCUUUAUGAGGAGUUUGGUUCGAUGUUUUGUGAUUGUGUGCAUUACUGGUGUAUCGCUGUGAGGAUGUGAGGAUGUGUCCUAUUGAUUUAACUUAGUCCAUGAAUAUCGGGUCUUAUAUUUCUCCUUGCCCUUAUUUCAUUUUUCGUUAAUCCUCCCGUUACGUUUUGAUUUUAGUUCAUUUUGAUCAUAGGUAUUUGGUGUAUGAUAUCUUUUUUUUCAAUUUUUGUACUUUCGUUGUUGUUGUUGUUAAAAUCAAGAAAAACGCAUUCAAAAAUCACAUAAUUAGAUAUUUUUACACUUUCAUUAUUUGUAAUGUGGCUGCAAAAAAACACCAAUGCAAUAAAGUCCCAUUUACCAUCAGAAUUUGAACAGCGUUUGCUAACAGUGGACAGU